GUUCAUUCAUCUUCAACCCCCAUUUUCUCACAGUAGAAAACACACACACACUGCACUUUUUCUUCCCUUUUUCCCCGUCAACUUGGCCCAAGGCGACCCGAACCCGAUACAGUUACCCACCGCCGUCCUCAACUCCUCGAGCAGCCGCAAGAGUUCAAGAACCCCCCCAAUUUUGUCAACCGCUGCCUCGGCCGCAAGUUCAGAGGAACGGUUUAUUACUAUGCAAGAUCCAAACUCCAAGCACUCGAUGAACCAAAUGCCGCCGUUUUCCGGCGCUGUGAGGCCCGCGCACCACCGGAGGGCCCACUCGGAGGUGAACUUCCGGCUGCCGGAGGAUUUGGAUCUGGCGUCGGACCCGUUCGACGCGCCGGCGGGGAGUUUCGAGGAGAUGGGAUCCGAGGACGAUCUGUUCUCGACCUACAUGGAUAUGGAGAAGCUCGCUGGCGGCGGCGGAGCCUCCGGAUCUGGAAUCGGAGACUCUGUUUUCGAUAAUGCUGGCGGCGGGGCGGCGGAGGAGGGGGAGAAGGGUGGUGGCUGCGGCGGAGGAAGUGUGUCCAGGCCUAGGCAUAGGCAUAGCAACUCGGUGGAUAGCUCGGGCUUGCUGUUCAAUGAGAGUAGUAUCGAAGCUAAGAAGGCUAUGGCGCCGGAUAAGCUGGCUGAGCUGUGGACUAUCGAUCCCAAGCGCGCCAAGAGGAUUUUGGCCAACCGGCAAUCUGCAGCUCGAUCGAAAGAGAGAAAGGCACGUUAUAUAUCUGAGCUGGAGAGAAAAGUUCAGACCCUUCAAACUGAGGCAACAACUCUCUCAGCUCAACUCACUUUGUUCCAGCAAGAAGUCGAGAGACUGAAGAUCGCGACAGGAGAAAUAUCAUCAUCAUCUGAGACCUUCAGUUUACCUAUGCAUCAACUUUCUUACAGCCAAUCAACUUUCUUUCCGCAGCCGUGUCCGAACGAUACUCGUAAUUUGUCAAUGCAACAACACUUUCAGACACUCCCAGCUGGCAUCUCCAGCCACCACCCAAUGCUUUCACCCCCUAACGUUCAGGGCAUUCCCGGCCCGUCAAACCAGGAUCCACUUGGACGCUUUCAGGGCCUUGAUAUCAGCAACCGGGGCCCACACCUCGUGAAAUCUGAAGGCCCGGCUAUCUCUGCCAGCGAAAGCAGCACCACAUUCUGA